ACAAGUACUAUGUAGGACUGAUUACAAUGUUUAUUUACAAACGUACGAACUAUGACUCGUGUGAAGUGGUCAAAUGUUAAUACACUGUGGCUGUGUGUAGAAUAGAUCGAUUUAAACUAUCGCCAUAUUAAGUGCUUGACUUUAUAUUAUUAAUAAGUAAAAAAUAUGUAUACAAACUAGUACACAUUUUAUCAUUUUUAAGUGAUGUGAAAUGUUUUAUUUGGAUUUGUAGAGUUGUGAAUUCGACGCUGACUUUUUAUUAUAAAGGUGAUCUUUUAUCCGCUUCACUAUGGCACAAGAUAACGGCAACUCGACCAUGGAGAUGGGCACCAGCGAUCAGGUCCUGGUUGCAAGUAAAAAGUCGAAAAGAGUGACAUAUGCUAUCGGUUUUGUCGCAAUGUUGGUUGCGAUUGGUGUUGUUAUCACCCUUGUAGUGUUGCUAACCGGAAACGAUGCAGGUCCGGCUGAACCUAUUAUAUCAACGACGGAAGGUCCGACAUUCCCAACAACAAUAACUAUACCAUCAACGCAAUCGACGACAACAACAACAACGACUACAACUGAGGCACCACCAUCGACGCCGGGGCUGGGUGAGAUUAAUUUGGAAGAUGUCAUAAAUGGGGAGUUUGCUUCGCCUAUAUUUAAUGGGACUUGGGCAUCAAAUGGCGAAAUAUUAUUCAGAAAUGCCAAUGGUGAUCUGGUGCUGUAUGACGUUGAUUCAAAGAGUCCAACAAUCAUUGUUGCAAAUACAUCACAGAUCUUACAACAAUCCUUCCGAGUGACGGAGUUGUCGCCUGAUGGGAGAUAUGUUGUGCUUUCUUACAACGAAGAAUCGGUAUACAGGCACAGCUUCGAGGCUCGAUAUUCAGCGAUUGAUAUCAUAACUGGUGAGGUCAUACACAUUACUCCUCCCGGAGUUGAUCUUGAGGAUGCAAUUCUCCAGAACUUCGUUUGGGGUCCUUCGGGUACAGCACUGGCUUUCGUUUACUUGAACAAUAUUUACUACCAAUCGAAUUUGACGAAUGCACCUCAGCAAGUAACGACUAAUGGACAAAAGAAUAUUAUCUAUAACGGUGUUCCUGAUUGGGUAUAUGAAGAGGAGGUGUUUAGUUCUAACAACGCGCUCUGGUUUUCGCGUGAUGGCUCCAGGAUGGCGUAUGCGACAUUUGACGAUACAAAUGUUAGGGUAAUGAAGAUACCGCACUUCGGCAUACCAGGCUCCGUGGACUCUCAAUAUACAACUCACCGCGAUAUAAGAUACCCGAAGUCUGGUACAACGAAUCCAACUGUUAGAGUCAGCAUUCGAAACAUCGCUUCCAACGUUGACACAGUUUUCACUGCACCCACGGAUCUUAAUGAGCCAAUCUUAAAAACCGUUGCGUUCGUUGGCAACGACAGGAUUGCUAUAAUGUGGACGAACCGCGUUCAAACGACACUACGAGUGGUGAUCUGCACUGAGGCAUCUCCCACAUGCACUCAGAUUUACACUUACUCGGAAGCUAAUGGUUGGAUUGAUAACAUACCGAUGAUAUUUAACGAGCAAGGAAAUUCAUUCAUCACAAUAUUACCUGAUACAGUAAACGGUGUUCGUUACAAGCAAAUAAUUCAAGUUACAAGCGGUACUGCAAACAACUGGACUUUUAGACGUCGUACUAACACACCUCAUACUGUUGGGGAUAUCCUACUGUGGACCGCUGAUAAUACCAUUUGGUAUAAAGCCAAUAGUGAAAACGACACAUCAGAACAGCACAUUUACACAUUAAACAACAAUGACGUCGUGUCUUGCUUCACGUGCAACAUCGUGCGACCUGAUGGCGGUCAGUGUCUGUACAACGAAGCUGUGAUUGGCUCUGGAUCUCGUAUUAGUAUAAACUGUGCUGGACCCGACAUACCUCAAAUUUACAUUCAUGAUAUUAACGGUACUCUGGUGUCUGUAUGGGAUGACAAUUCAAGAGUUGCUGAAAUUGCGUCCGCAUACACCGUGCCACUUACCUUACGCAGGACCGUACCUUUGGGAUUAGGUCUUCCUGAUGCGGAUGUUCUCCUCCAAGUGCCAUCUGAUUACUUCUCACGUUCAAACGUACCACUAUUGGUUUAUGUUUAUGGAGGUCCCGAUACAGCUCUAGUCACAAAGCAAUGGAACAUUGAUUGGGGUUCAUCGCUCGUCAGCCGUUAUGGCAUCGCAGUGGCUCGUAUUGAUGGAAGAGGUUCUGGUCUUCGUGGAGUUGAAAAUAUGUUUGCGCUGAACAGAAAACUAGGAACCGUUGAAAUCGAGGAUCAAAUUACUGUUGCCAGAUUUCUCCAACAACAAACUCAUUGGAUAGACCGUAAUCGUACGUGUAUAUGGGGCUGGUCCUACGGCGGUUACGCGGCGUCGCUGGCGCUGGCGCGUGGGGGAGACGUCUUCCGAUGUGCUAUUGCUGUUGCCCCGGUCGUUGAUUGGCGGUUUUACGACACCAUCUAUACGGAGAGAUACAUGGAUACUCCGCAAAACAACGUUGACGGAUACGCGAACUCAUCUCUUCUAACCGAGGAUGUGGUGGAGGCUUAUAGAAGCAAACGGUACUUCCUUGUCCACGGCACGGAAGACGAUAACGUACACUACCAGCACGCCAUGUUGAUAUCCAGGCUGCUGCAAAGACGAGAUGUCUAUUUCACUCAGAUGAGUUACACCGACGAGGACCACGGUCUUGGAGGAGUGAGGCCACAUCUUUACCAUGCAUUAGAGAAGUUCCUAAAAGAAAACAUGUUUUAAUAUUUUUCAUUAAACUUUAUAAUUAUAUUUGUAAAUCUAUAUGAGAUUACAUACAUUCCAAUAAAAUAUAUAAUGUAGAUAGAUUAAAAUGAAAUUUUGACAGCAAUUAUUGCUUUAAAAAUUGCUUUUGUCGUACAAGAUUGCGGUAAAAGAUAGAUUGCACAUUAGAUAAAUUAAUGUAUUUACCACAAAGUCUUCAAAGCUUAGAACUGCGAUAUGAAAACAGCUGAAAACUAGAUGUAAUAGAAAAAAGUUAUAAUAUAUUCAAUGUAUGGAAAAUAAAAAUGUUACACCACGCAUGUUAGACUUUGGCAGCGCUGGACAGCUUCAAAUAAUGGUAACCUAAGACAUGUAUUAAAUAGCCCUUAUCUGCCCACGGGGUCGUUUAUGACCCACUGAAUUAAUUACAAUUUAAAUAAAAAAAAUUUAUAAAAAAGGUGUCAAAUAUUGUUAUGGCCAUAUAUGGAAUUAAUACGUUCACUGCAUUACGUAGUCAAUUGUAUUUCAUUAGCUUAUCACAAUGAUAAGCAUUUUUAUUAAAGUAUUUUUUGUACUUAACAGUUUUAAUAAAAUUUAAUUAUAUUGAAUUUAAAUAAAUUAUUGCUUUAUUUAUACGUACAACAAGAUAAUAGUUAUUGUAAAUAUAUAGUAUUAUAUAUUAAUUUUAACGUUGCCAAAUACAGUCAGUAUGACAGGGUCAUCUGCAUAUGUAUGUUGAAUUUCUUUAAAUUAUAAUUUCAUAGAUAUGUCUUCAUCGAUAAUAUAGCAGAUAAAUAAUAGUUUGAUUGUAAAUAUCUAUAUUACCUUUAUUUUAAGUAUCAAUUCUAAUAAAAGUGUUUUCUAUUA